AUGCAACGAUCUUUGCUCCCAUUCAUAUUAGUUCCUUUGACUUUAUUAAGCUGGUUAAGAGCCUAUCUCAUAUAUCAUGAGGCGGUUGCCGGUCUUUAUGGUGUUCAAAUGGCGAACUAUUUAAAGAAUGAGUCGACCGAUUUGCCCACGUUUGAUAAUCUUACGAUUGAUCAUUAUCGUGGUAGAUCGCAUCAGAUAAUUGAUGAAUGGACAAUGUAUCAGAAUGCAUUACAAGAAUCUGGUGUUCUCAAUCGUACAAACUUUUGGUAUGAUAUGCGUGGAAAUCACGAUUGUUUUAAUGUGGGCUCUUGGGAUAGUGACCAAAACCUGUAUAGAUUAUACAGCGUUGUAAAAAAAAGAGGCUUUGAUUUUACGGUAGAAAAAACCUUUGGUCAAUAUAGAUUCGUUGGAAUUGAUGCAUGCCCAAAAUCUGGCCCUUCAAGACCUUAUAAUUUUUUUGGUUAUUACGAGAUCAGUGAUAUGGAUCGAUUAUCUGAAAAGUUAUUAGAUGCAUCCGUGAAGUCUAAUCAUACCUUCUUGCUCGCUCAUUAUCCUAAAGCUACAUUAUUAUAUGGAAGAACUUCUAAAGGCGAAACCUUUGAGGAUUUAUCAAAUCAUAUUAGCGUUUACAUGUGUGGCCAUUUGCAUAAACUUGCUCUUGGUCUUGGUGAUCACUUACAAAUAUAUCGACCUACCAAUUAUCUAGAAUUAGAACUAGGAGAUAUGAAAGUUAAUGCUAUGUAUCGUAUAUUAGCUAUUGAUCAUGAUUUAAUCAGCUUUAUUGAUGUUCAACUACCUCUACCCGAAAUUCCUCUAAAAACCCCUCCGUCACCCGCGGAAGGUUUUUCAGUUUUGCCUGAAAAAUUGCCAUAUCCACCGAUCAUAUUGAUUACUAAUCCUAAAGGAUCCGCAUACAAUACUAUUAAUAUCUUUUUGGAUGGAAAGGUACAUGAUCAAAAUGUGCACUAUAAAGGAAAUUCUAGAAAUGAUAAUGAAUAUUUACCUCUUUGGACGUCUCAAUGGGAUCCUUCGAAAUUUGAUGAUGGUAAAGAUCACGUAAUUGUUGUUAAAGCUCUUGAUAUUUCGGGUCAAGUAGGUGAGAGUAGGGUAAUAUUUCGUGUAGACGAUAAAAGGAGCCAUAUGAAUGGUGGCAUUAGUGAAUUUUUAAUAGGUCUAGAUUGGGCUGCAGUGGCUCGAUCUUUCUUUAUGAUUUGUCAUGUAACACUUACAGUUUACAUGCUUGCUACGAAAUUAUACGUUACUUAUAAUCCAAAUCAUCCUUUGAUUACUUCAUUUCAUACUUACGAAAAAACAUUUACUCAAUCCUACUUUCGUAAAACUUUCUUAUUGGUUUCUCAACCAAUUUUCUUUUAUACCCUCUAUCUUUAUCUCCUUGCGAUCAUAACAAUGCCAUUGUUUAUAGGUAACAUGGUGUCGUCAUCACAAGGUGGUUAUGGCUUGUUUUGGCUAUACGGCAUCCAAUUUUUCCAUAAUUUAAGGUGGCUGCCAUUAGCCGAUACAUGGAGGCAUGGUGCAAUAGAUUUCGUCUUUUCAACUAUGACCGUUAUAAUAUGGUUUGUGAUUGUUACAGGUGAUAGGAGGUGGAGAACAAAAUGGCUAGUGUGGGGAAUUAUACUUUGGCUAUGGAGAGGAACAGAAUUAUAUAAACUGUCACAGAUAUAUGGACAUUUUGUCUUUUGGGCAAAUUUACAAACAUUCUGGUGGCUCUUUUGGGGUUGGUAUGGAAUCUCAAAAGGAAUAGUAAGCUAA